GCGCAUCAGCGUAAAAAGCAACACUGACACACACGCACGUGAGCCAAAGAAGCACAAGUAGCCUAAGUCGAUGGCUUGUACAAAGUGUAUCUAUGGUUGAAAAGGGCAAAAUGCGAGGGUGUGAGAAUUCAAUGCUAUGCAAAAAUUUUACUUAGGUUAAACAACGCCCUUUGUUUACGGCACGAAAUGGACUUGGCUAUGUACAUAAGCUCACGCAAGGCCUUCACUAUGUAAUCAAAGGAAAAAUUCAAAGAUUAUGUAGGGCAUUUUAGCCUGCGGCAAAAUAACCUGAAUCAGGGGAUUGGCCAUCUCCAUUAUUCAUGCGUGUCGCAAUUUUUGGUCAGACCCGCGAGACACGCGAGUUAAGAGAAGUGGCUCUCGUAUGACAAAAGAUGCGACGUUUGUAUCUGUUCGCGCUAAUUGCGCUGGCUGUAAUCUUUGCCUCAGCGUUAACAGAAGGUAGAAGCCCGUCUGGACGUAGUCGUCAUGGAAAGGAAUUGAAGAGAACUUCAGGUACUAAGAGGGAUCAGUCGAUAGAGGGCGACUACGUUAUAGAGGGACAAUUGGUCAUCAAACCAAAACCAAAGAAUCCGGCUGCUUCCAAUGCACCUAAGGAAGGUAACAAGCCUUUUCCAGCAACGGGCUCACCAGGAAGCGCAUCCCCACCCAAAACAAAUGGACCGGACGUGGGAACUCAACAGCCAAGUCCAGCUUCGCCAACAAGCGUAAAACAAAGCCCAAAUAGUAGCUCUUCGACUGGGCAGACGCCAACUGAGAAAACCGAUUCUACGCCGAAAUCGUCAGGCUCCACCCUACCGACUUCAUCAACCCCUGCAACACAGAAUCCAACAGAUAGUUCGCUGUCUACAAAGCCCCCAACGUCACCGAAUAAUGCGUCACCACAGUCAUCGACACGACCAGGCGAGACCACUGCUAUCCCAAAACAAACCGGUCCAACCCAACCACCCGGUUCAACUAAGAUUACUACACCACAACGUGAGACUAAGCCAGGCGAGACAACUGUUUCUACGCCAAAAGCACCCGGUCCAACUCAACCAGCCGGUACAACUAAGAAUACUGCACCACAACCGGAAACUCAACCAGAAGGUACAACUGCUUCUACGCCAGAGGUACCAGGUCCAACUCAGCCUACUCAAACUAAGAAAACUACAACAAAACCGGUAUCUCAACCAGGCGAGACAACUGCUUCCACGCCCAAAGCACCCGGUCCAACUCAACCAGCCAGUACGACUAUAGAGGCAACACCACAACCUGAAACUCAACCAGGCGCUUCUACGGCCAAAGCACCAGGUUCAACCGAACCAACCGUUUUGCAAUCUGCCUCUUCCCCUAAGAUACCCAUGUCGACAUCACCAACUGGCCCAUCACAGCCCAACAGCCCAACAGAUACCCAAGCGUCCUCAAAGAAACCGACGGAAAAUGCCGCAACAAACCCAAAGACCCAGCCAGGUGGACCAACUGUAACUACACCAAAGUCAUCAGCUUUGACAGGUGUAACAGCACGAAAGCCUUCUAUGCCCGGUCCAACUUCGUCACCUGGUGCCACACAGGGGUCGACAGAUGGUGUUGUGUCUGCUAAGCCUCCCACCAAGAAAACCACACCACAGUCGGUGAUCCCUCCAGGCAAGACAACAUCUCCAACAACUAAACCACCUGGAUCACCAGCAGGUUCUACGCAGGGGCCAACGGAUGGCGUUUUGUCUGCUAAGCCUCCCACCAAGAAAACCACACCACAGUCGAUGAUUCCGCCAGGCAAGCCAACUGCCCCAACACCAAAACCACCCGGAUCACCAGUCGGUGUCACGCAGGGGCCAACAGAAGGUGUUGUGUCUGCUAAGCCUACCACCAAGAAAACCACACCACAGUCGAUGAUUCCGCCAGGCAAGCCAACUGCUCCAACACCAAAACCACCCGGAUCACCAGUCGGUGUCACGCAGGGGCCAACAGAAGGUGUUGUUUCUGCUAAGCCUCCCACCAAGAAAACCACACCACAGUCGAUGAUUCCACCAGGCACUAAAACGUCUCCAACACCAAAACCACCUGGAUCACCAGCAGGUUCUACGCAGGGGCCAACGGAUGGCGUUGUGUCUGCUAAGCCUCCCACCAAGAAAACCACAUCACAGUCGAUGAUUCCGCCAGGCACUAAAACGUCUCCAACACCAAAACCACCUGGAUCACCAGCAGGUUCUACGCAGGGGCCAACGGAUGGCGUUGUGUCUGCUAAGCCUCCCACCAAGAAAACCACACCACAGUCGAUGAUCCCGCCAGGCAAGCCAACUGAUCAAACACCAAAACCACCCGGAUCAACUUCACCAAACAGUGCAACACAGGGACCGACAGAUAACUUGAUGUCUGCAAAGCCAUCAAAUAAAAAACCUACCCCCCAGGUGGUGACCCCGCCAGGCGAGGCUAAACCAAGCGGUCCAACUUCGCCGACCAGUCAAACAGAAAUCCCAACAGAUAGUUCGCUGUCUACUAAGCCAACAGUUAGGGCAACUACACAACUGCCAGGUGAGACUACUGCUUCAGCACCCCAGGAAACCGGCGUAACCCCAACAGCAAGUGCAACAAAAAACCCUACGGAUAGCUCGGCAUCUAAAAUUCCCCAGGUUGAGAAAGCAAAUCCGACUAACAAGCCAAGCGUGCCAACUGAUGCUUCUACGGCUACACUUGGUAAAACAGAAAGCCCGACAGAUAAUCCAGCGUCAACAGGGAACCCAGCCCUGAAAACCACUCCACAUACAACGACCAGACCAAGUGAGGCAACAGCAAAACCUCAAGCUACAGCAAUACCACCGGCAACUACAAAACCAACAGGUUCAACACAAAGCCCAACGGAUAAAUCGCCCUCAGAAAAAGCCAUGAAACCCGGGGAAGCAAAUAAGUCACCGGUUCCAACACAAGCACCAACAGAAAUGAAGUCAUCAACGGCAAGGAACCCACCCCCCAAGAAACCUCCAAAUCCAACAAAGCAAUCAGCCACCGCUCCGACGCCCAGUACACAAGGAAGCCAAUCUUCAACUGGUUCAGCGAGUACACCAGGGGAAAACCCCUCUCCUACGACACACUACGCUACAAAACCAACUAUGGCCGAGCCGAAUUCAGAAAAUGAGGCUUUGCAGCUGCAUAAUAACCUUCGAGCCAUCCAUGGCUCGCAGCCCAUGCGUCUCAAUAAGGAAAUGAGCGAUGCUGCAACAGAUUGGGCCAAAAAGAUGGCUUCUCAUCACAAAUUAAUUCACUCCCCUUUACAAGCGAGGCCGGAUGAGGGAGAGAACCUGUUCAUGGCAUGCAACCGAAAAGGCGAAUUCCCAGUCUCCAAUGUUGUCAAAUCAUGGUAUGACGAGGUGUGUGCCCCCGGAUACGACUUCCCACAAGGACGCGGCCAGGGGGGUACGGGACACUUCACCCAGGUGGUGUGGAACGCCAGUGUUGAGUUAGGCAUCGGCAAAGCAACUACCACUAAAAAUGGAACGUCUUGUACGUUCUACGUGGCUCGCUACAAGCCCGCAGGGAACCACUACACAGGACAUGAGGACUACCAGGACAACGUAAAGCAAGGGGUGUUCAAUCGAGAGGCUUACUGCGGUAAAGUGCAGAGUGUCGCUAUGAUGCGCCGGCUGAUCCUAGGCAAGCCGAGGAUGGGCGUACUUAGAAAAAAAGGUGUGGUGGGGAAGCAGGGUGGAGAAAGUAAGGAUGGGGUUGGGAGGAAGCGGUAUAGAGGUAUUCACAGGCAGAGGCAUCAUUUCCCAAAGCGGCAGCAGUGAGGUUUUGUUAUGAGUAACGCACUUCUAAAUGGAGAACAUCAUCAGCUUAUUGGUCCUAUUCACAAAUUUACGCAACACGUGCUGUUGGGGAAAUGUGGCUGUAUCUUUUUGUUGGACCUGGGCCAUUAAAAAAACUUAAAAAUCUCUUUUUUAAUCAAAAGUACUCAAUAUCCAAUUGUCCAAUCGGGUGUCAAUGUCUCAAGUAUGGGCUUCAUCAGUAUAGUAGUAGCUUAAUAAAAAGCAAAAAGUCUCAAACACAAACCAAUGCUUAUAAAAUGUGAAACGCUG